AUGCCCGACGACUCGCAAUACAAGCGAAACCUCGACGCCUGGUUUGAGGCGGCGCGGUCCGGAGAGAUCAAGUUCACCGUUGUCCAUUGCAAGCAGUACCAGGGGGCCGUGCUCCCGGACGGGCCCGGGCUCACGGCGCUACACCUUGCAGCCCAGGGCGGCCACACAGGCACGGUCAAGUACCUUCUCCCGUACGAGAAGGACAUCCGGAGCGACACAGGCUGGACCGCCCUCAUGUCGGCGGCCAUGCACGGCCACGAUGCGGCGGUCUCAGCCCUCGCGCCCUACCAGGCUGGGAGGCAGCUUUCCGCCGCGGCCUUCGGGUACCCAGCUGGUGCGACGGCCAUUGAGAUCGCCGCCUCCCGCGGCCACCUCUCGACCACGAAGGCACUCCUGGCGUUCGACCAGGAGCGGCCGUACCUCGCCGAGCCCCUUCUCGCCGCCCUCGAUCUGAACGAGCCGGCCCUGAGGGCCCACGUGGCCGCAGGCGCCCAGACCCGGGACUGCCUGGGCCGCACACCCCUCCACUAUGCCGCCCUCUCUCCGCGAGACCCCACCGUCUCGGUAACGCUCCUCGCCGACCUCUACCGCGGAACACGGGAUGCGUCGGGGAAGACGCCCCUCAUGCUUGCCGCAGAGUUCGGGCGCGCAGACGCCGUCCGAGUGCUGAUUGAAAGGACGCCCGAGGACGUCGGCGCGGCGAUCCCCGACAACCCGAGCUGCGGCGACCACGAGGGCUCGACCGCCCUGAUCCUCGCAGCAGACGCAGGCCACCUCGCGUGCGUGAAGCACCUCAUCGACGCCGAAAAUGCCCAGCCCAACAAGACCGGAACAACUGCGAUGAUGUUCGCCGCACACCGGGGCUUCCUCGAGAUUGUCGGGGCCCUCGCGCCCUUCGAGGCCAACCUCCAGAGCACGGCGCCUCUCGGCCACUCCCCCGGGAAGGCCACUGCGCUCCAGCACGCAGCCCUGGCCGGCCACGCGCCUAUCGUCGGGCUCCUCGCUCCCCUCGAGCACGGGCUCCGGAACGAUGCAGGCCAGUCUGCAUACGACAUCGCCGUCCAGCACGGCCACCGGCAAUGCCAGGAGAUUCUGCAGGUCUACGAGGACGAGGUCGAGCCGUGCAUCGUCACCGCCCUCAUCCUCGACAGCCGGAGCGAGGAGUUCAACCUGGUCACCGACAAGCCCCUUACCGAGGCGAUCCAGCGCCUUGCAGAUCUCCUCGGCGUGCGUGACUCGGACAGCUUCUUCCAGGCGAUCGAGGACAUCCUCUCCCAGGGAGAUGCGAUCCGCGAGCUUGAGAAGCUCCGGGUCGAGCUCCAGGUCGUGGCUCAGGAGCGCGAUGACCUUCGUGCAAAGGUGGACGAGCAGGCGGCGGCGAUUCGCGAGAUGAAGGGCCAUCUGUACGACAUGUCCGAGCUCGAGAAGAAGGUUGCCGCCGCAGAGGCGAGGUAUGCAGAGAAGGUCCGCGACACCCAGGCGAUGGAGGAGGAGGUCGAGGAGGUCAAGGCCGCCGCCCGCCAGGAAGUCGAGGCCGCGCGGGGCGAGGUCGAGCUCAUGAAUGCACACGUCCGCGAGCUCGAGAAGCACAUCACAGACCUCCAGAACAGCGACGACUCCGUCCUGGGGCAGCUGAUAACGGCCCAGGAGCGCGUCAAAGAGCUCGAGGGAGAGCUGGCCCGGGCCGAAGCCGCGGGAGGCAACGCGGCGCGCGAGCUGGACGAGACGCGCCGCGAGCUCGACGCCCUGAGCGCAGAGCACGAGGACGCAAAGAAGCUCCUCGAGGAGAUGGAGGAGAUGCAGCGCAACCUUCUCGGGAUGCAGGAGGCGAUGGAGCAGUUCGAGGCCGAGGGCAUCACGGUCGAGCGCUACGCAGACCUUCGCGCAGAAGUCGAGGCCCUGCGCGAGCGGCUCUUCGACAAGUCGCGCAAGGUGACCGAGGCCAACUCCGUGAUUUCGAUGUUGAUCGACGACAUGUGGAUCUGCAACAAGCGUCUGAGCGACACGCUCAAGAAGGCCACCGAGUCCAGUAAGGCGCUUGAGGACGGCGACGCAGGCCCGCGGGGCUCCCAGCACUUUGCGAUGCCAGACCUCAUCGACGAGAUGUCGAACCUCAUCCGCAGCGGCUCCCUCGGGCGGUCGGCGGUCGGGGGAGACCUGGGGCUCGGAGAGCUGGACCGCGAGGCCCACGCAGGGCCGGCGAGGUUCAGCUACCUGUAG